ACCCGGCAUGACUAGUCCCGGCACGAAGGGGUCGUGGCUCUCGCAGCCGAUGGUGAAGAGCGUGCUAGUGUAUCGCAACGGGGACCCUUUCUUCCCGGGGCGCCGUAUUGUCAUCAAUGAGAAGAAAGUGUCCAACUUCGAAGUAUUCCUGAAAGAGGUGACAGGUGGGGUGAAGGCGCCCUUUGGAGCUGUGCGUAACAUCUAUACCCCCCGGGGUGGGCAUCGUGUCCGGCAGCUGGAGGAGCUUCAGAGUGGAGAGCAGUAUGUGGCUGGUGGCAGGGAAGCCUUCAAGAAACUCAACUAUUUGGACAUUGGAGAAACAAAGAAAAAACCUGCUGAAGUCAAUAAUGAGGUCAAGCCAGUUACUCACAGUAGAAUCACAGUGUCAGCACGGUUUCGAAAACCACUCCAGGAGCCCUACACUAUUUUCUUGAUUGCUAAUGGAGACCUUAUUAGCCCUGUAACGCGCCUCCUCAUUCCCAGGAGAACACUGAAUCACUGGGAUCAUGUUCUUGAAAUGGUUACAGGAAAAGUUACCCUCAGAAGUGGAGCUGUUCACAGACUUUACACUUUAGAUGGAAAACUUGUUCAGAAUGGGUCAGACUUGGAGAAUGGGCAAAUUUAUGUUGCAGUGGGUAGAGAAAAGUUUAAGAAGCUGCCGUAUGGUGAUCUGCUGUUUAGUAAAUCUACAACGAGAAGGCCUCAGGGUUCCAAAGCCUCUGUACUACCUCCAAUUGUGGGAUCUCGAAAGUCUAAAGGCAGUGGAAAUGAUCGGCAAUCUAAAUCUACCAUUGCAUCCAGUGACCCAGGGGAAAACAGUUCUUCACCUCAGCUUCCCAAAGGGAAAGACAAAAAAAGCCAGAAUCCAGAGGAUUCUGUGUCCAGACGACACUUUUCUAACAACUCUACAAGUGUGAAACAGACAGUAAGAGUAACAGCGUCCACAGGAGUCCUUCAAGAUAAUGGUGAAGAUAUUUACAAAGACAGAGAAGAGGCGUCUGAAAUGUGGGGGGCAGCUGAAGUGCAGGAAGAUGAAGAUACUCGUGUAGAAGUUCCACUGGACCAGAGGCCAGCUGAAACUGUAGAUGAAGAAGAAAAUGUAGAAGAGGAAAAUGACAGGGGAGAGGAAGAAUAUCCAGAAGUGAAUGGAGAGGAAAGUGGUGAAACUGUUAAAGAAAGAAGUGUAGUGGAAGAAAACAAGAAGAAAUUAAAUGAGAAUGAUGAAGAUGAAGCAGAAGAAACAGAGAAUGUUGACCAAGCAGAAGAGGAACUUAUCCAUUUAAAUGGCAAGAAAGAUGAAGAAAAUGGUGAGGGAAUGGAGCAUUUGAACUACCAAGCUGAUCUUCAGCCUGAAGAAGAAAUAAAAGAGGAGGAUUCUGACAGUCAGAAACAGGUUGAUUCCCAUCUUGAAAAAACAUCCACAAAUCCAAGGGUGACAAUCACCAGCCCACAGGAAAGUGAAAAAAAAAAUGACCAGAGCAAUGACUAUGCUGCAGUUGCAUAGACAGAAAAAAUGUAACAAGCAGAAAAUGGAAGAUUAUAAUACUCUAAAUAUAAAGCAUGUUAUUUUUUGCGAUUGAUAACUUAUAAUGGGAAGAUAGGUUGAGUACCCACAUAAUGAGUCUUGAGAUGAUAAUGCCGUAUGGACUGAUAUAGGAAACAAACAUUAAUAGCUACUAGAAGAACAUAGAAUUAUUUUUACAAGGUGAUAUUUUCCGAUAGAAUUUAAGGGGGGAAAUACAAGAGUACUGUGUAGUAGUAUUAGAAAUAAAUGAACCAUUCUGUGGUAUAAGAUGGUUAGCAGUAAUUGAAUAAUCACAAAAAUGACACUGUACCAGAAAAAAAGAAAACAGAACCCACACAAAUUCAAUGCCAAAACUACUUUGCAGAUUUUUUCAGAAAAGAGAAACAGUUUCUGACUUUUAAUGAGGACAUACAUAGUUUUUCCUUUAAAAUUCCACGAUAUAAAUGCUUUCCAGGCAUAGCAUUAGGAUAUAAUUAGAAUACAUUCCUCAGUUAAUGAACUUAUGCCCACAAAAAAUGGUGUACUGUAAUGAGGUGUCAGUCCUAAUGUUACUAAAUUGUGGAUUUUCAGUACAUUUAUUAGAAUCAUUAGUUUUUACAUUCAUAAAUAGCACUUAUUUAGCACUAUGAAUGUAUGUAGAUAGCCUACAGUACUGCAGCUCUUUCCCAUUUACAGCAAGAAGUUUUGUUGAUUGUCCUACACCAAUUCACUAAACAGUGAAUUGUUAUCAUAGUAGGAAAAAAAAAAGUAAAGGAAGAGUAUGUAGCAAAUGAGUUUCAAAAGUUGAGUUUGGGUGGAUUUGUAAUUCAGUCUAGGUGAAAUUUAAUUUAUUAAUGAAAAAAAAAAUGAGUAGGCCUGGAUUCAGACUGAAAUUGCCCUGAAACCAUGCUGUCAAUGGAGCCACUGUAAUACGAAACGUGUUAGGGUGAGCCUGUAAGUUUUCUGUAGAAGUCGGCAACAAUUGCUGCAUUUUUGAAUCCUUUCCAUAGCCUUAAUGGUUGGAAGUGUAUCAUCAUCUUCUUGGGCAAGCUGGCUCCUGGUAGGCUGUGGCUUAAUUUGCAGUAGUAAAUAAAGAAUUGAUCCACAGUAUUAGUUCUCUUAAUGACACCGAUUCAAUUGCUCCUAUUGUUUCCCUGUUAGUAAUGGGAAUAAUUUGUAGUUCGUAGAAAUACAGCACAGAGAAUAAUUUCAUUAAUUAUACAAAAGAAAUAGUGGGUUUCCUUAUUGUUAAUGCUGGUAAAUUAUUACUGUGAGAAACAAAAUGUAAUUUUUGUUGAUUUCAUGCCGUUAAGACAAAAAUUACAUUUAUGAACAAAUUGAACUUGAAGCGCUGUUUGAGGAAUGUGAAGAACCACUUGUCAUGACUGAAACUCAUACAAACAUCUUCACUUUUUCUACUAACUAUUAAAUAUAUUUUUCCAAUGGAGUAGAAAUACAUAGAGAUCCUUCAGCAUGUUUCUGAGUAUUGGCAAUGUAAGUAUAAAAAACAUAACGUUAAAAACCAUAGGAACAGGGUUAGAACAGUUUGCCCUGCAUGCAGCAUCUCUGAAUUGUCUGUGAUUCGCGUGUCCUUUGUUGAACCGUCUGACAAAGAUCUGAGGGAAUAUUACAUUUGUGAUCAGUUCAAAAUAAGCUCUUAAUUUAGCCAAGCUCUUAAGCAAGUAUGUAUGCUUCUUUUAUUUCAUAAAGCAAUUAAGCUUGUGCUCAAAUGUCUUUGAUUUCACUGGGAUUUAAGAAGACGUUUAAAGUUAAGCAGAAGUAAAAAUAAAACAACCCCCUCCCUCCCCCCCCAGUAGAAUGAAUAAAAUAACAGUAUGUGCUAGUGAGGAAAAAUGACACACAGAAAUCCUCUAGGUACCUUUACAGUUAAUCCUGCAUUGGAAUAAUAUAUGCAGUAGCAUUAUAAGCCCCAAACAACACUUAACCAGCCAGAGAAGGCAGCUCUGUCUCCUCGGGGAGCUUAGGGGAAUUUACCCGCUGAACCUUCCGUGCAAAGCUGACCAAGGGAAAUGGCUAAUGCUGCGUCUUUGCUCCCUUAGAGCUAAAUAGCUCAUACGCUUACCGGUAAGCACGGGCUUAAGCGUGUUGCUGAAUCCAGACAAAUGACAGUAAUCCUGUAUUGACGUUGUACGAAUGGGCUCUUGGCUAGAAGUUAAUGGUGUACCAAAUACAGGCCUCUACUCGUUGUCAUUUUAUUGCAGAUUAAGACUUGAACAGCCUCUGAGAUCUUCUUCGUCCUCAAAAGUUUGAAGUCAAAUUGACACCCAAAAAUAUCUGAUGGAGGUACUUAAUUUGGAGAACGUUUGCCUCAAAAUGUUGUACCUAGAAAUAACAUAUAGAAGAAAUUGAGGGAUUUAUAUGGUGAUACUUUUCUCCUUUUGGUUUCUGUUUAUAGCUUCUGUCUGCCAACAGUUUCUUCCUUUCUUCCUUUUUCCCCAAAUAUUCAGUGUCUUCUUUGCUUAAAAGACUUACAGAUACCAAUAAGAGUAAUUUAAAAGCUUAAACUAAAGUCUAGGGAAGUGUAAUAUGACCAUUUUAUUUCAUGGGAACAUGAAAUCCCUAUGGGUGUUAUUCAGUUUUUAAAAUGUUUCCCCCUCUGUUUUCUGGUAAGAAAGACAGAAUAUAUUUCUUCAGAAUAGAAAAUCAGACAUUUUGGAAAUAGAGAUAUAACCAUUUUAUCAUUCACCUUACAACACUGACAACAUGAUUUUUGCAUCAGGUUCUUUUAUAUAGAGAAAUUAGUUUAUGCAUAAAAUUUUUUUCUGAUGUUGAAGUUGAAAUUAAACAAUAAACAUACAGGUGGUCUUGCUAAUAGCUUUUCUGUCUGGGUUUGCUGUGUCUGAUGGCUUAACUCAGUUUUACAUGAGUAAGCUUUACAUAAGCUUUUGUUAAGCUUAUAUAAUGUUAUUUUACUAAGCUUUUAUGCAAUAGUUCUGAGGUUUUUUUAAGACUUGUUUUCUUGGUUUUAUUUUUAAAAAUAAUUUGCUAUUAAAGAGAACUAGCGUACGGAUAUUCAUGUGUUUUGUUUCAUAUCAACGCCUCUGAUGCUAAGUCUGUCUUUGGGUGACUGACUUUAUAAACCUGGUGAUUUUGCAGCUGAUAAGAUUCUCCCAUAAUUAGAACUUUAAAAAAUAAAAAUCAGGUUUGCUAGUCUUCACAUUGCAGCUGUGAAAGGGAAAAAAAAAAAAAGAAAAAAAAAGAAAAAGAAAAUAUGCUGACAAUUUAGCUGUUACAUAGUUAUAAAUGUAAGUUACAAAUGUAAGAAUAACAGCGCAGUUAAACUGGCCACUGCUUUUUAAUGUCAUCGUUCAGGUUAGGACUGCAUUAUCAAUAUGUAUAUAUUGUUCAGCUAACACUCAACAAAUAACAUGAUUUUAUCUGUUCACUUGUAAUGCUUAAGAAAACUACCAAAACUUCUAGAUAUCUCGCUGCUGAAGUUCCUAAUUUCAGCAAAGUGUUAAAGCAUAUGCUUAAAUCGCAUAGGACUGCAGUUUUCAUUAAACUUUAUCUAAUGCUUUGGUGCUUUGACAUGUCAGAGACAAAAUAAAAUUAGUUU